GCGAGGGAGAGCAAAUAAUAUUUUUUAUGUGCAGCACCUCUACGUUUUAUUUAACUUUUUUUCUUAUUAUUAGUGUAACAAGAAAACGAGUUUUUGUACACACCAUUACAGAGGAUUAACUUGCGAUUGUUUGGUGUCUACGAGUAAUGGAGGGUACAAGGAAACGACGAUCACACGCUGGGCGUGAUAAGAAAAAAGUCUCAUUUGCUAUCCCUGACGAUUCAUCGGCGCACCACCCGCUUAUCGGUUCUCUAGUUCAACACAAGUUUUAUAUCUUCGGAGUAAUUUGCUCAAUUUUAAUUUUAACUUUUAUGUUAUGGCCAGCACCUAGACUGUCGAAACACGCCCAGCACUGGCAUGAUAGUGGGUUUAUACUAAAACACGGACAGUACAGUGUAUUUUACCAAGAUAUAUUUCGUAUAAGCACGGAAGAAGCAGAUUUACAACCAGUUGCGCUGAUUUUGCAUGGUUUUCCAACAAGUAGUUAUGAUUGGAAGAAGCUAGUAAAUCAGCUUCAUGCUAGAUUUGCACGAAUUAUUAUCCCUGAUAUGCUUGGUUUUGGUUUCAGCGACAAGCCUUUAAAAUACAAGUAUUCGAUAAAAGACCAAGCAACCAUUCAAGAAAAAUUACUGGAGAAGCUGAACGUUACUGAUGUUCAUAUCCUGGCUCAUGAUUAUGGAGAUACUGUAGCUCAAGAGUUACUUGCUAGGGCUAGUAAUGCUGAAUAUAAACUUCGUAUUAAAAGUAUCUGCUUGACCAAUGGUGGCAUCAUUCCGUCCCAGCAUCAUCCAAGACCAAUUCAAAAAGUUCUAAUGACGCCUUUUUUAAGCACCAUCCUUUCCAUGCUAAGCAAUCGAGUUAUUUUUAAUUCUAGAUUCCGCGCCAUUUUUGGCCCCCACACACAGCCAUCGACGCAAGAUUUGAACGAUUUUUGGGCUAUCGUGCGUCACAAUGAAGGGGAUAUGGCGUUCUCGCAAAUACUUCAAUAUAUACCCGAGCGAUAUGCGAAUGAACAGCGAUGGGUGGGCGCAUUGAAAAGCACAGGGAUACCAUUGCAUCUGAUUUAUGGUGCGUUGGAUCCGGUAAAUACUCCAGAUGGAUUUUUUCGUGAAUAUAAAAAGUUAAUACCGCAUUCUAGUUACACCAUACUGGAGACUGUCGGCCAUUACCCUCAACUUGAAGAUGAAGCUGGCUUCAUGAAAUCUUAUAAUGAGUUUUUAAACAGGGUUGAGAAAACAUUUUAUACUUUGUAAUAGCAUGUCAAUAAA